ACGGCGCAGGCGUCGGCCGCCUCAGCCAACGACACGACGAUUUCGACCGACGACACCACGACCCAGGCGAUGCAGCUCAGCAACGACACGACGACCGACGACACGACGGCCCUACCUCAGCCUCGCUACGACGCGCGUGGGCGGCCUGUGUGCGUGUACUGCUCCAACCAGCCGGCCCCCUCCUGCGCCAACUCGAGCUGCGGCCGUUGCUGCGUGCUGCACGCACCCUUUGCGUGUGCGAGGCACAACACGACGUGAAGCAUGACGUGAAGGCGGGGCGCUCUGUUAUUGUGUUCGCUCCUCGUGCCGUCACUUACGUAGCUGUCACGACGUGCGUUACACGGCUGCGGCUGUAGGUCGCAAACAGAGGUAGUGUGCCUGUGGUAUAC